UUCCGGAGAUAUUAACAAACAUAACAAACAAUGCGUCUUCUUAUACAACACAAAAAAACAGUGAAAAUUGGAAAUUACGUUUAUUUUUUAUUAUUAGGGUGAGUGUGACCAUUGUUGUGACUAGGAGUGUGACGACUAUCACGCACACACAGCGUGUAUAUCUAUCGCCGUUUCCCUUUUUUUGUGAACGCGCCCGUACUGAAUUGCUGUAUUCAUGUUCCCGUGCGCAGGGAGCGCAGACAGAAGCUAGUUUCCAGCAAGCUAGCUACCGAUAACAAUAUGCACACAUUUACACCCCCUUGGCGACUGGAUGAGAUGAACGCCAAAUAAACGCGUACGUGCAACUGCCGCUUUUAUAGGCAUUUUUGUCGAACGGAGCAGCAUUUUUACAAAGCCACAACAUCAAUGAAUCCAGCCCCUGGAGCUGCAGCAUUGCAACAAGAAGCGUUUUAAUUUGCAGACGAACUGUUGUUCUGAAGAGUAACUACUGCUCGGGAGUGUCCAUUUACACGCCUCUGAUCCCGCACAAAAGUGAAAGUGGAGGAUUUUUUUUCCAGUUGUCAACAGCUGACUUAGUCCUCUACAGUAAUCAUCUUGACCAACCUUCAGUGUCUUUGGCAGCCAUGGACUGGGCCACUCCUGCUGCCAAACUGAACCCAUACGCCCGUGCCCGCAUGACAGAGACCUGGCAGCAGCAUGCCGUCCCCCAAACACAGGUGGUCCACACCAUUCCUCCGGCGGCUGAGAACUGUACUGUGUAUGGAAUUGUCCUGCAGCAAGAGUCCACACCCCUUCACCAACAACAACAGCAGCAGCAGCAGCAGCAGACCCAGCUUGGGCAGCAGGACCAGCAACACACGCAGCACGUUCAGCAGCACUCUGCCCAGGACCAGCAGACUGGGAAUGAGGGAGUACGUAAGUGCGAGGCAUGUGGGCAUGACAUCUCCCACCUCGCCAACCCCCAUGAGCACCAGUGCAUGGUGAGUCAGGAGAGGUCAUUCCAGUGCACCCAGUGUUUGAAGAUCUUCCACCAGGCGACAGACUUACUGGAGCACCAGUGUGUUCAAGUGGAACAGAAACCCUUUGUGUGCGGGUUGUGCAAGAUGGGCUUCUCUCUGCUCACAUCUCUCGCCCAUCACCACUCAUCCCACAACAGCAAGCAUCCGAUGAAGUGUUCCAUAUGCGAGAAGACGUACCGGCCCGGUUCUUCUGGCAGUAUGACUUCCAGCUCCUCCUCGAACAAUGCCCAUCAGCCCAGCAGCGAUAGGGUGUCCACUAGCAGUCACUCUUCCAUCCUACCAUUCCCUUCAGCCCGCGACCGCCCUUACAAAUGUUCCAUAUGUCAGAAGAGCUUCAAGCACCUCUCAGAAUUGACACGACACGAACGGGUGCACACGGGCGAGAAGCCUUUUAAAUGUGACACAUGCGACAAGGCCUUCAGCCAGUCGUCGCACCUGCAGCACCACCAGCGGACACACAGCAACGAGCGCCCUUUCAAGUGUGCGGUCUGCGAGAAAAGCUUUAAGCACCGCUCCCAUUUGGUGCGUCAUAUGUACGUGCACUCCGGCGAGCACUUAUUCAAAUGCAACUUAUGCGAGUUGCACUUCAAAGAAUCGUCAGAGCUCCUCCACCAUCCCUGCCACCCGCAGGGUUCCCGCCCCUUCCGCUGCGCCACUUGCGGAAAGGGUUUCAAGCGACCGUCAGACCUGCGCCAACAUGAGCGCGCGCACUCAGAGGAGCGUCCUUUUCACUGUGACGAGUGUCAGAUGAGCUUUAAACAGCAGUACGCCCUAAUCAGGCACCGCCGUACACACAACGACCCGGGCGACAGGCCGUUUAAAUGCAAUCUAUGCGACAUGGUCUUCAUGCAACCGUCGCACCUCCUCUACCACCAGCACAUCCACGGCAUGGACAACCUGUUCAAGUGUCCCUCGUGUCAGAAGGAGUUCAGCCAAUCAGGAGAGCUGCUCAGGCACAAGUGCGGAGAGUCGCCUAAUCCUGUGCCUGACAAGCCGUACAAGUGCGACGUCUGCAACAAGGGCUACAAGAAGAGUUCCACGUUACAGCGGCAUCAAAACUCUCAUUGCCAGGACAAGCCCCUCAAGUGUUCUCUUUGUGACCGUCGCUUCCUCUCCUCGUCCGAAUUCGUCCAGCAUCGCUGCGACCCAUCGCGAGAAAAGCCGCUGAGGUGUCCGGAGUGCGAGAAGCGUUUCAAAUACUCGUCAGACCUGAACAGACAUGUACGCGUGCACACGGGCGAGAAGCCGUACAAGUGCGAGCAUUGCAACAAGCGCUUCAAACAGCGUGAACACAUGACCAAACACCAGAGCACGCACUCCAGAGGACAGUUUCAGUGUGUGUGGUGUGGUGAGCGCUUCAGUGACCUUGGCUCCUUACAGGACCACACAGUACAGCACACCACUGAUGGAGAGGACUACCCUGUGCCCAACUGCAUCUGACUCAAUCUCUUAACGUCUCAUUCCCCUCACAUCCUCUCACCUCCACCAAGCAAUACAGUUGGGGUUUAGUGCAGCACACAAGAUUUUUAUGUCUCCCAUCACCAAAAGUGGUGAUGGGUACUUACAGUUUCAUGGGAACUGAGUCUGAGAACUUGUCAACACAUCAAGUCUUGGUCCACCAUGUUUUUGUUACCACAAAGUCCUCGCUUAACCCGGCAGAUGUCACUUUUGUCCACUUAAAAUUUCAGAUCCAAAAACGCCGGGCACAUUCUUAUCAAGUCGUAAUGUAGCGUGUCACCCCUGUCUAGGAAUGGAAAAUAUGCUUAAAAUCUAUAUAUUAUAUAUUGCAGCCUCUUGCAAUAAGAAUAAAUAUCAUUUGGCAUAUAAAUUACAAUAGAAUCAUUUCAAAACCAGUUACAUAGACUCCUACAAACCCCGUUUCCUUAUGAGUUGGGAAAUUGUGUUAGCUGUAAAUAUAAACGGAAUACAAUGAUUUGCAAAUCCCUUUCAACCCAUAUUCAAUUGAAUGCACUACAAAAACAAGAUAUUUGAUGUUCAAACUCAUAAACUUAAUUAUUAUUUGCAAAAAAAAAAUUAACUUAAAAUUUCAUGGCUGCAACACGUGCCAAAGUAGUUGGGAAAGGGAAUGUUCACCACUGUGUUACAUCACCUUUUCUUUUAACAACACUCAAUGAAUGUUUGGAAACUGAGGAAACUAAUUGUUGAAGCUUUGAAAGUGGAAUUUUUUUCCCAUUCUUGUUUUAUGUAGAGCUUCAGUCGUUCAACAGCCCGGGGUCUCCGCUGUCAUAUUUUACGCUUCAUAAUGCGCCACACAUUUUUGAUGGGAGACAGGUCUGGACUGCAGGGGGGCCAGGAAAGUAUUCGCACUCUUUUUUUUUACAAAGACACGCUGUUGUAACACUUGUCUUGCUGAAAUAAGCAGGGGCGUCCAUGAUAACGUUGCUUGGAUGACAACAUAUGUUGCUCAAAAACCUGUAUGGACCUGUCAGCAUUAAUGGUGCCUUCACAGAUGUGUAAAUUACGCAUGCCUUGGGCACUAAUACACCCCCAUACCAUCACAGAUGCUGGCUUUUGAACUUUGCACCUACAACAAUCCAAAUGGUUAUUUUCCUCUUUGUUCGGGAGGACACCACGUCUUCUGUUUCCAAAUAUAAUUUGAAAUGUGGACUCGUCAGACCACAUAACACCUUUCCACUUUACAUGAGUCCAUCUUAGGUGAGCUCGGGCCCAGCGAAGCCGGCGGCGUUUCAGGAUAUUGUUGAUAAAUGGUUUUGGCUUUGCAUACUAAAGUUUUAACUUGCACUUACAGAUGUAGCAACCAACUGUAGUUACUGACAGUGGUUUUAUGAAAUGUUCUUGAGCCCAUGUGGUGAUAUCCUUUACACGCUGAUGUCGGUUUUUGAUGCAUUACCGCCUGAGGGAUCAAAAGUCUGUAAUAUCAUCGCUUACGUGCUGUGAUUUCUCCAGAUUCUCUGAAGUUUUUGAUGAUUUUACGGACCGUAGAUGGUAAAAUCCCUAAAUUCCUUGCAAUAGCUCGUUGAGAAAUGUUGUUCUAAAGCUGUUCGACAAUUUGCUUAAAAAAGGGGUGACCCUCACCCCAUCCUUGUUUGUGAAUUACUUAGCAUUUCAUGGAAGCUGCUUUUAUACCCAAUCAUGGCACCCAACUGUUCCCAAUUAGCCUGCACAUCUGUAGGAUGUUCCAUAUAAGUGUUUGCUGAGCAUUCCUCAACUUUAUCAGUAUUUAUUGCCACCUUUCCCAAUUUCUUUGUCACGUGUUGCUGGCAUCAAAUUCUAAAGUUAAUGAUUAUUUGCAAAAAAAAAAAUGUUUAUCAGUUUGAACAUCAAAUAUGUUGUCUUUGUAACAUAUACAACUGAAUAUGGGCUGAAAAUGAUUUGCAAAUCAUUGUAUUCCGUUUAUAUUUACAUCUAACACAAUUUCCCAACUCGUAUGGAAACGGGGUUUGUAAUUUAGCUGCUGACGUAUGAGAUAACAUAUCUCAAUAACACAUUCAUCUACUUGUUAAUUUACUGUUAAUAUCUGUUUACUUACUGUUGUAGCAUUUUUAUAUGUACGCUCAUGUAAAGAUAUUAUCGGCACUUAUUCUGCCGUUGUUUUUGCUACUUUAAAUUAGUUUUGAGUGAUACUACAAAUUUGAGUAUGGAGCCGUUUAAAUGCCAAGUAGUUGACGAAUUGGUCAUUCCGAUGUCCAUAAUUAAAAUUUUCAGGAUCAUUAAAUGAUUCUGAUUACAAUCCGUAAUCUAACAAAAACCCAGGAUGUGUAACAAUACCAAUUAAUAUUUUUAUUAUUUCAUUCAUUAUGUGCACCAUUUAUAAUGAAGUCAAAGUAACCACUAUUGGCUGUUAUUUCCUGAGUUUGUCAACAAUAACAAAAAUGACUAAAAGAGUUUUUAAUCACUGUAGCAUCGACCAUAUACUGAUAAAACACUCUUUAUCGCUACUGUUGAUAUUUGUAUCGAUUAAACCAUAUUUACAUUCAGGAACUCUAGCGUGUUGCUAUGCUUUUUUGUAUCCCAUUACAAUGUGUAGUGUAGGAUGUUUAGCUAUUCCUUGUCCUCCUGUGAUAAUUAUACUUGUAAGAAUUGUAGUUUUCCGCCAUGGAAGCGAAUAUUAGUCAUUUAAAAGCUUCACUUUUGAGGGACAUUAGCUGUAAACGAGGACUUUGAAGACAACUUUGUUUGGGCACAGCUAGACUGUGACAUCAACAUGCCUUAUCACGGUAUAAAAGGUAAUAUUAAAAGAGCUCAAAUUUAUAUAAUUUAUAUCGUUUAUCAUGCAACCCUACCCCCAAUUGUAAUGAAGAGGAGAAACUAAGCAUUCAAUUAUUGUGACCAAAAUGAUCAUGGUUAUCAAUAUAAUAUGCAAGCACUGGUCCUUUUGUAAGUGCAAAAAUAUCAAGUCUCAGAACUGAACUGUAUUGCUGGGUGGGGUUCUCUUCCUUAGCUCAAUUUACAACAUAUUUGCAGCACAUUAUUUGGGUUCUCCUACCAAUAGACUUGAUCAUUACAGUCCACACGAGUAUGUACAAAGAUACCAUAAUGGAGGUUAAUUCAGACAAUGUAGUAUUAGUCAAAUAUAAAUUACGACAUGGCCAAGUUGGGGAAAAAAAUACUUUUAGUGACGGUAAAGAAGAAAAUAAUUCAGUUUCUUUCCUUUUGCCUUAUUAUUUUACUCAAGUUAGUAUACACUGGCACUCAAUUGUUUGAACACACAUUUACUUCAAUCCAUCCAUUGCGGUGGUGGAUGGAGCCUAUCCCAGCUGCAUUAAUAUUUUUUUUAUGUUUCCUAUAACUUAAAGACCAAGAAAGCCCUAAAAAAUGCCUUUUUUAUAUACACAACUGAAAAGUGUAAGGAUUGUAUAUUUUUUUUUUAAGUCACAGACAGGCCCCUUUAAAACGAUCUGGAAUUUUUUCUAUUUAAAAAAGAGACGUCAAAGGAAAGACCAAAGCAGUUAAUCGCUGUUCAAAGUUUGAAUUUAUAGAUGCAUGUUAAAUUGAUUGUGCUUGCAGUUUGCCUUCUAAAGUCAGACUAAAUAACAAGGCGACUAUUGCAAAAGAAACCCAGAAAAUAUAAAUGUUAAUGUAAGAGGGUGCGGGGGGUGGCACUAAACAACAAAAUGACCUCUCCAAAAUACUUGUCAAACACAGGUUUAUUACAGUCUAUUCUGUAUAUCAUUGCUGUACAUACUGGAUGUGUGCCUGUCAGAUCAUGCCUAUCUUAAAGAAAAUUUUGUAUUGCUACUUUUUGACAACAUUCUUCACUAUGAUGUCUGUGUGGUCCGUGUAGUGAUUGUAUCUUGUUGAAAGUAAAGACAAACAUGGCCCAGCUUGUGAAUGGAAGCUAUUUUAGGUCAAACAAGGAAACGCAGGCUGACAAGCAGCUUGGCCCCUGUGUAUUGUGUCUGUUGUACUACUCUGUUUAUCCUCCUUAGAGCUAGCAUCCUCUGGAUAUUUAUGUUUUGCAUAACAGAGCUACAAACCCCAUGUCCAUAUGAGUUGGGAAAUUGUGUUAGAUGUAAAUAAGAACAGAAUACUAUGAUUUGCAAAUCAUUUUCAACCCAUAUUCAGUUGAAUAUGCUACAAAGACAACAUAUUUGAUGUUCAAACUAAUAAAAAAAAAAUUUUUGUGCAAAUAAUCAUUAACUUUAGAAUUUGAUGCCAGCAACACGUGACAAAGAAGUUGGGAAAGGUGGCAAUAAAUACUGAUAAAGUUGAGAAAUACUCAUCAAACACUUAUUUGGAACAUCCCACAGGAGUGCAGGCUAAUUGGGAACAGGUGGAUGCCAUGAUUGGGUAUAAAAGCAGCUUCCAUGAAAUGCUAAGUAAUUCACAAACAAGGAUGGGGCGAGAGUCACCAAUUUGUAAGCAAAUUGUCGAACAGUUUUAGAACAACAUUUCUCAACGGGCUAUUGCAAGGAAUUGUGAUUUUACCAUCUACGGUCCGUACAAUCAUCAAAAGGUUCAGAGAAUCUGGAGAAAUCACUGCACGUAAGCAAUGAUAUUAGGGACCUCUGAUCCCUCAGGCGGUACUGCAUCAAAAACCGACAUCUGCGUGUAAAGGAUAUCACCACAUGGGCUCAGGAACAAUUUAUAAAACCACUGUCAGUAACUACAGUUGGUUGCUACAUCUGUAAGUGCAAGUUAAAACUCUGCCAUGCAAAGCAAAACCCAUUUAUCAACAACACCAAGGAACGCCGUUGGCUUCGCUGGGCCCGAGCUCAUCUAAGAUGGACUGAUGCAAAGUAGAAAAGUGUUCUGUACUCUAAAGGAGUCCACAUUUCAAAUUAUAUUUGGAAACUGCGGACGUGGUGUCCUCUGGAACAAAGAGGAAAAUAACCAUCCGGUUUGUUAUAGGCGCUAAGUUCAAAAGCCAGCAUUUGUGAUGGUAUGGAGUGUAUUAGUGCCCAAGGCAUGGGUAACUUACACAUCUGUGAAGGCACCAUUAAUGCUGAAAAGUCCAUACAGGUUUUGGAGCAACAUAUGUUGUCAUCCAAGCAACGUUAUCAUGGACACCCCUGCUUAUUUCAGCAAGAAAAUGCCAAACCACGUGUUACAACAGCGUGGUUUCGUGGUAAAAGAGUGCGGGUACUUUCCUGGCCCACCUGCAGUCCAGACCUGUCUCCCAUCGAAAAUGUGUGGUGCAUAAUGAAGUGUUAAAUACGACAGCGGAGACCCCUGACUGUUGAACGACUGAAGCUCUACAUAAAACAAGAAUGAGAAAGAAUUCCACUUUCAAAGCUUCAACAAUUAGUUUCCUCAGUUCCCAAACGUUUGAGUGUUGUUAAAAGAAAAGGUGAUGUAACACAGUGGUGAACAUAUCCUUUCCCAACUACUUUGGCACGUGUUGCAGCCAUGAAAUUCUAAGUUAAUUAUUAUUUGCAAAAAAAUAAAAUAAAAGUUUGAGUUUGAACAUCAAAUAUCUUGUCUUUGUAGGGCAGUCAACUGAAUAUGGGUUGAAAAGGAUUUGCAAAACAUUGUAUUCCGUUUAUAUUUACAUCUAACACAAUUUCCCAACCCAUACGGAAAUGGGGUUUGUAUUUAUUUUUUUCAGGAGAGCAACUCAAUCAAUCAAUCAAUGUUUAUUUAUAUAGCCCCAAAUCACAAAUGUCUCAAAGGACUGCACAAAUCAUUACGACUACAACAUCCUCGGAAGAACCCACAAAAGGGCAAGGAAAACUCACACCCAGUGGGCAGGGAACUGACCAAAAAGAAAUGUCCACUGAACAGGACAGUGGUUCACAGGAGGAUAAAAGCUCCCCCAGUUUUUCUCUUCCUAAAUUGCUCCUGAUUAGCAGUUUAUGUGCAGUAUUAAAACAGUAUUUUUCA